AUGGCCCAAAAACGGUCAAAGAAUCAAAUCCGAAGAGAGAGAGCCAAACUACGUAAAGUUGAAGCUGCAAACUCCUCUGACAAACCUUCACAGCCUACGGGGACUUCAGAUACUCCCGCAGAAUCCAAUUCCACCACCACCAAUGGCCUAUCUACUACAAAAGAAGAUGCAACGCCUGAGACUGUUGCUCCAGCAACACAGUCUGAGGAGGUGUUGACGAAGACUGCUGAAAAUCCGAAAAAAAAGUCCAAAUACAACAAGACAAAGCCAGAGUCUCCUGUUAUACAAGCGUCGACUGGGGAUGAUGUUUCCAAUGCCUUAAUGGAGGAGUUCGCCACAGUGUUUGAGAGAUUCGAGCCCCAGAGCCUUGAGUAUAAAGAAAGCCAAGCAAUAUCUUCACAUCCCAGAGAUGAUAAUCUGGACUCAGACGCCAGUUCCGAUGAGAACAGUGAUCUGGAUUCAGAUGACGAUGCAAACAGGCCGGUUUCAAAACGUCAGCUCCGCAAAAUUAACAGAAUACCUAUAGCAGAACUUAAAGCAAGCACCAAUAGACCCCUGGCCGUGGAGUGGUUUGACGUGGAUGCUCCGGAUCCGUUCAUGGUAGUCAAACUCAAAACUUUACCCAAUGCUGUUGAUGUGCCGUCUCAUUGGCAGCAGAAGAAAGACUAUCUUUCCUCGAAAAGAGGUGUUGAACGUCCUCCCUUCAGACUACCCAAAUUCAUUGAGGAUACUGGCAUUUCCGAAAUGAGAAAUCACGAUGAAGAUUCGUUGAAGAAGCUGCAGAGAGACAGAGUCCAACCUAAGAUGGGAAAGUUGGACAUUGAUUACCAAAAACUUCACGAUGCAUUCUUUAAGCACCAAACAAAGCCAAAAAUGUUGGCAUUUGGUGAGGUUUACUACGAGGGAAGGGAAAAAAUCGACGCUAACAGACACCAAAUUGAACAUAUGCGUCCAGGCAAGAUUUCCCGAGCUUUGAGGGCUGCAGUGGGAUUGCCGGAGAACGACAAAUCACCGCCUCCAUGGGUUAUACUCAUGAACGAGUUAGGGAAGCCUCCAGCUUAUGCCAAUUGUGUAAUCCCAGGAGUAGACAUCGAAUACUCCAAUCUGGGUUACAAGCUUGCAAGAGAGCAGGACUGGGAGAGCAUAAAUAUGGUUGAUCUGGUCUGGGGAAAAAUGGAAGAGGGAGAAGAGACGGAACUGGAAGAGGAUGACGAAGAGGAGGACGAGGAAGAGGAAGAGAACGGUGCGAUCGAGGUAACCGAGAAGGCAGCAUACGAGGAUGGCGAGGAUGAACCUGAAAAGGUGGAUAUUUCCGAGUACAGUCGAAUCAAGACACACUUUACAAAUCUGGACACAAAGCCUUCGGAUACUAAGGAUACUGUCACGAAAGAAUCCUUGUAUAGGGUUUUGAAAGAAAGAAGUUUAGAGCCCACCAAUGAUGGGUUUGUUGAGAGCCGUCUGGGAUACGAAAUUGGUGAGCAAAACGAAUCUACCAAUGAAGGGACAUUUAAGGAACCCAACCAAACGAAGAAUAAGCAACCUGCAUUCGAUGGUUCCGACUUCAAAUUCUGA